AGGUUGUAAUCCAGAAAUUCAAAGAACGGCACAACCAGAUUUAGAGAUGGCCCUUCAACUAUUAGAGGAACAUGCCUCAAAAAUAAAUCCUAUGAAAGCCCUGAAAGUUUUACCGGAUUCUGUACCUAUCGGUAGAAUAAAACAUUUCUUGGAAGUUGGUUUGCAAAAUAAUUUGAAUGCAAGGCGAAGAACACAGGUUCUCAAAGGGCUGCUUUACGCGGAACAUUUACAAGUACAGGAACAACGAAUGCAUUAUGAGUCACAGAGCGUCCUCAUGACAGAGUUUAAUAUAUGUCCAGUUUGUAAAAAACGCUUUGGCAACCAAAGUGCUUUCGCGAGGUAUCCUAAUGGUGAUAUAGUACAUUAUUCUUGUCAAGAUCGCAAAGGAUAAAAAAUAGCAGAGCUACGCAACAUUAUAUAAUCACAGUUAUAUAUCUAAGAUCGUAAAUAUUUAAUGUAUGUUCUUUUUAUAUAGGUUUCAUAUAUGAAUAUAAAAUUUCGAUAUAUAUAUAUUAUAUAUAAAACUCAUAGAUUAUUCCUAUUAGAAAAAAGAACUACUUAUUAAUUAUUAUCAUUAAGGCUAUUUCUCGUAAUAAAUCUAAAUUUCAAUAAAUCAAUCAAUUUUAUUAUAAUUUCUAAUAAAUCAAUUAAUUUCUAUCUUUCUUUGCGCUUUUUAUAUUGCAUACUAUAAAAGAGAUAAAUAUAAAAAUAAAUAUUGUAAAAAAUGUAAAAGCAAAGUAUUCUGUUUCUUCGUGCUUUUACAAGACACUUUGCAGCAAAGUAAUUGUAAAAUAAAUAAAAUUUUGAGAAGAUACAUAGU